GGCGGCGGCGGCGGCGGGGCCUGGAGCCGGAUCUAAGAUGGCAGCGGCGGCGGCGGCGGGGCCGGGCGCGGGCGGCGCGGGCGCUGGGGGCCCGGUGGGCCCGGUGGGCACGGGGCCCUGCUCGGCCGUGUCCGUGUUCCCCGGCGCCCGCCUUCUCACCAUCGGCGACGCGAACGGCGAGAUCCAGCGGCACGCGGAGCAGCAGGCGCUGCGCCUCGAGGUGCGCGCCGGCCCGGACGCGGCGGGCAUCGCCCUCUACAGCCAUGAGGACGUGUGCGUGUUCAAGUGCUCCGUGUCGCGGGAGACGGAGUGCAGCCGCGUGGGCAAACAGUCCUUCAUCAUCACGCUUGGCUGUAACAGCGUACUCAUCCAGUUUGCCACCCCGAACGAUUUCUGUUCCUUCUACAACAUCUUGAAAACCUGCCGGGGGCACACGUUGGAGCGCUCGGUGUUCAGCGAGCGCACGGAGGAGUCCUCGGCCGUGCAGUAUUUCCAGUUCUACGGCUACCUGUCCCAGCAACAGAACAUGAUGCAGGACUACGUGCGCACGGGGACCUACCAGCGUGCCAUCCUGCAGAACCACAGUGACUUCAAGGACAAGAUUGUCCUGGACGUGGGCUGCGGCUCUGGGAUCCUGUCAUUCUUCGCUGCCCAGGCUGGAGCCAGGAAGAUCUACGCGGUGGAGGCCAGUACCAUGGCCCAGCACGCUGAGGUGCUGGUGAAGAGCAACAACCUGACGGACCGCAUCGUGGUCAUCCCCGGGAAAGUGGAGGAGGUGGCGCUGCCCGAGCAGGUGGACAUCAUCAUCUCUGAGCCCAUGGGCUACAUGCUCUUCAACGAGCGCAUGCUGGAGAGCUACUUGCAUGCCAAGAAGUACCUGAAGCCCAGUGGAAACAUGUUCCCCACCAUUGGUGACGUCCACCUAGCUCCUUUCACGGACGAGCAGCUGUACAUGGAGCAGUUCACCAAGGCCAAUUUCUGGUACCAGCCCUCCUUCCACGGAGUGGACCUGUCGGCCCUCCGUGGUGCCGCCGUGGACGAGUAUUUCCGGCAGCCCGUGGUGGACACCUUUGACAUCCGGAUCCUGAUGGCCAAGUCUGUCAAGUACACGGUGAACUUCUUAGAAGCCAAAGAAGGAGAUUUGCACAGGAUAGAAAUCCCCUUCAAGUUCCACAUGCUGCACUCAGGCCUGGUGCACGGGCUGGCCUUCUGGUUCGACGUGGCUUUCAUUGGCUCCAUCAUGACCGUGUGGCUGUCCACGGCGCCCACGGAGCCACUGACCCACUGGUACCAGGUGCGCUGCCUCUUCCAAUCGCCCCUGUUCGCCAAGGCCGGUGACACGCUCUCGGGGACUUGCCUGCUAAUCGCCAACAAGAGACAGAGCUACGACAUCAGUAUUGUGGCCCAGGUGGACCAGACGGGCUCCAAGUCCAGCAACCUCCUUGACCUGAAGAACCCCUUCUUCAGAUACACGGGCACCACGCCCUCGCCCCCGCCCGGCUCGCACUACACCUCCCCCUCUGAGAACAUGUGGAACACGGGCAGCGCCUACAACCUCAGCAGCGGCAUGGCCGUGGCAGCGCCCCCUCUGGGCACCGGGAUGCCCACGGCCUACGACCUGAGCAGUGUUAUCGCCGGAGGCUCCAGCGCCGGCCACAACAACCUCAUCCCUCUCGCCAACACGGGGAUUGUCAACCACACGCACUCGCGGAUGGGCUCCAUAAUGAGCACGGGCAUCGUCCAAGGCUCGUCGGGUGCUCAGGCCGGCGGCGGCGGGGGCUCGAGCGCGCACUAUGCGGUCAACAGCCAGUUCACCAUGGGCGGCCCUGCCAUCUCCAUGGCCUCUCCGCUGUCCAUCCCCAGCAACACCAUGCACUACGGGAGCUAGGCCGCCGCGCCCGGCCGACGGACACGCCCCAACACCGGUCAGCGCCCUCUUUGCUAUGGGAACUCGGACACUUUUUUACACAACGUUGCCGCCACCCCCCCACCCCCCCCGCCCCCUCCCGGCCCCGAGUGCGCGUUGCUGCCACAUCUCACACCAGACCGUGCCGUGGACCCCCCCUCCCCGGGUCUGACAGCUGUGACUGGCACGUCCCUCUGUGCCUGCCCCCCACCUCCAUCUGCUCCCCACAGCAGGCAGCCCCGGCCUCAGGGCCUCCCCCCUCCCAGGCCUCGGUCCCCAUGGGCGUGACGUGCUGCUUUUUUUAAUUUUAUUUUUUUACGACAAAGAACCAGUGUCAAUCCACAGACCCUCUGAGAACCCGGCCGGCCGGGCCGAGCCAGCAGCCCCCCCCCACCAUCCCCCAGAGGCUCCACGGGGAAUAGGGGGGCCCUGUCGGGCUGGGGGCGGGGCCUCGAGCCCCCUGGCCCCCCCACCAAAGGGUUCACCUCACACUUGAAUGUACAACCGCCCAGCUGUCGGGAAGGCCCUCAGCCCCAGCACCUUGCUGCUGUCCUGCCCCUGAGCCCCGCAGGUCCCCCCACAGCUAGACCAGGGCCGGCCGGAGGGAAGGUCACUGGCCGCUGGGCCGGCACAAACCUCAUCGACGUGGCCUGGAAGGGCGCCUCCCUUGCGCCUGCCGGAAGGGGCUGGCGGGGGUCUCGUCCUCUCACCCCCAAUAAACAAGGAGAUGUAUGUUUCAGCACAGGCGAUUUUCUUCUGCUUCCCCCUCCUGGCCCCCGUUUUUAGUCCCCAGACUCGGAGGUGGUGGAGCUCAGGCUUGGCAGCCGGAGGGCGCUGGGGUGGCCCCGAAGCCCCGCUGCCUGGUCCCUCCCUCCCCACUUCGGUCCGCCUUUAUACAAAGUCUCUGAAUCACCUUUGCAUAGGAAAUAAAAGUGUUUGCUUUGUAAGAA